AUGAGGGGUGUGCUGCUGGCCGCCCUUCUGGCUUUGGUCUUGGUGCCCGGGGCCCGGGCCGCGUGGCUGGGGAGGCUGGAUCCUCGGCAGCUCCUGGGGUCCUGGUACAUUCUCGCCGUGGCCUCGGGGGAGAAGGACUUUGUGGUGGAGAAAGACACAAAGAACAUCGAGGGGGUCAUGGUGACCCUCACGCCAGAGAACACCCUGAAGAUGCUGUCCUCCCGGCACCGGCUGGAGAGAUGCCACCUGCAUGCUGUGGAACUGGUGAAACAAAAUUCCAGAUGGGUUUUCGGGAAUCCCUCCCUGGGUGUGCUGGAGUACCGGGUGCUGGGCACCAACUUCAGGGACUAUGCCAUAGUGCUCACACAGUUGGAGCUCCAGGACGAGGCCUUCAGCACCGUGGAGCUAUACAGCCGGACGGAGCUGGCCAGCCAGGAGGCCAUGGACCUCUUCACCAAGUGGAGCGAGGGCCUGGGCUUCUUGUCCCAACAGCAGGCCAAGCUGCAGAAGGACCUCACCUGUGCACGCAAGGUCUUCCAGCGUCCCUCUGGCCCAGAGGUGGGAGCUGGGCUGGAGGCAGCUGCUCCUCCCACCGGGCUCACGGUGGCCCUGGGCAGGCAGGAGGCUGGUCCGCUCAAUUUGGAGGAAGACCAUGUGAUCUGGAUGAAGUCUGCAGGCUGGCUGGACACCCACGCAGGGCUGGUGGGCUGGGACAUUUAA